GCGCAGCAUGGCUGUGGUCAUCCGCUUGCAAGGUCUCCCGAUUGUGGCGGGGACCAUGGACAUUCGCCACUUCUUCUCUGGAUUGACCAUUCCUGAUGGGGGCGUGCAUAUUGUAGGGGGUGAACUGGAUGGCUCAGUGUGUGACUAAGGUGGAAUUGUCCAUAUCCUGUGAGAAUCUCAUUGACAAAGAUGUUGGUUCAAAAUCUGACCCUCUGUGUGUCUUACUCCAAAAUGUGGGAGGUGAUCAAUGGGCAGAGUUGGAUCGAACUGAAAAGAUAAAGAACUGCCAGAAGCCUGAAUUCUCCAAGAAGCUGCUCAUUGAUUAUUACUUUGAGAAAGUGCAGAAGCUGAAGUUUGGCGUAUAUGAUAUCGAUAACAAGUCCUAUGACUUAAAUGAUGAUGAUUACCUUGGAGGGGUUGAGUGUACACUGGGACAGAUUGUUUCCAGUAAAACACUCACUCGGCCUUUGGAGUUGAAGAAAGGAAAGCCAGCAGGAAAAGGCACCAUUACGAUUUCUGCAGAAGAGAUUAAAGACACAAGAAUUGUCAGUCUAGAGAUUGAAGCACAGAACUUAGACAAAAAGGAUUUUUUGGGCAAAUCGGAUCCGUUUCUGGAAUUUUACAAGCCGAGUGAUGGUGGAAAAUGGCAACUGGUCUACAGAUCAGAGGUGAUUAAGAACAAUUUAAAUCCAUGCUGGAGGAAGUUUAGUGUUCCCUUGCAAACGUUCUGUGGAGGAGACUUCAAUAAACCAAUCAAGGUACAUUGUACAGAUUAUGAUAGUGAUGGGUCACAUGAUUUGAUAGGCAGUUUUGAAACUAACCUGUCUCAGCUGCAGAAAGCAGGUGGCAGCUCUCCGGUGGAAUUUGAAUGCAUUCACCCUGGGAAGAAACAAAAGAAAAAGAGCUACAAAAACUCUGGAAUUGUUAGGAUAAAAUCCUGCAAGAUUGAAACUGAAUACUCUUUCCUGGAUUACGUCAUGGGAGGCUGCCAGAUUAACUUCACAGUGGGUAUAGACUUCACUGGCUCCAAUGGAGAUCCAAAGUCACCAGAUUCUCUUCACUACAUCAGUCCAAAUGGGAUAAAUGAAUACCUGACUGCCAUCUGGAGUGUGGGGAAUGUGGUCCAGGAUUAUGACACAGAUAAGCUGUUUCCUGCGUUUGGGUUUGGAGCUCAGGUUCCUCCAAACUGGCAGGUGUCUCAUGAAUUUGCCUUGAACUUUAACCCAAACAACCCCUAUUGUCAGGGAAUCCAAGGAAUUGUGGAUGCUUAUCGCCAGGCACUGCCCCAGGUCCGACUCUAUGGGCCAACAAAUUUCUCUCCUAUUAUAAACCACGUGGCAAGGUUUGCAGCUCAGUCAGCACAGCAAGGAACAGCUGCUCAAUACUUUGUACUACUGAUCAUCACAGAUGGUGAGAUCACUGAUCUGGAUCAAACCAGGCAAGCUAUUGUUAAUGCCUCCAAACUGCCUAUGUCUGUUAUUAUCGUUGGAGUUGGCAAUGCUGAUUUCAAAGCCAUGGAAUUCCUCGAUGGGGACGACGGCGUAUUAAAGUCCUUGACAGGGGAGCCAGCUGUACGAGACAUUGUCCAGUUUGUGCCUUUCAGACAGUUCCUCAAUGCUCCUCGGGAGGCUCUUUCCCAGACAGUCCUGGCUGAAGUUCCGAAGCAGCUGGUGUCCUAUUACAAGAUGCAGGGCUGGGCUCCUGUGAAGCUACCUGGAGCAAAGCAAGAGUAGAGGAGAGGAUACCUGCCGUGCACAUCUCCAAAGAAACAGGAAGAGCAUCUCUGCUUAUGUAUCAAUCGUAUUCAGAUUCUGUCGCACAUCAUUUAUUGCCCAGCACCUCUGAAAUGGAUCACUCUCGGUUCUCUGAUUUACACACCAUGUAUCUCUAGUUUCUGCUGAAUGUUAGAAAUGAAACAUUAUUUACAGAGAUGCUACACAGAAAGUCAGGGCUGACUCCAGGUUUUUUGCCUCCCCAAGCAAAAAAAAAAAGGGGGGGGGGGUGCGGAGUGCUGCUGCCGAAGCACCAAAAAAAAAAAAAAAAGCUGGAAUGCUGCCACUUGACAAGGGCCUCCCCAAGCACAUGCUUGGAAUCCUGGUGCCUAGAGCCAGCCCUGAUUGGAGUGAUGUAUUAUGUAGAUGUAGAUGUAAUUAUAAGUAGAGGCAAUAAAAACAGCAAACCUGGCCUCCCAAAUUCUGAGAAUUUAUACGUUUGAAUCAGUUACUUCAGUACUUACUACAAUCCUGACUUAUGACUAGAUUUCAAAGCCCACAUGGUGCAUGGAACUGCAGAAAACUGACAACCAAGUAACAUUUUUCCAUGCUGAGUUUAUUGGAAUAUGAGUUAAUUGCUAUCAUGUUUGCCAAUAUAUGUCUUUGAUCAUGCAUUGCUGGACAGAGGGUUUCUAUUCUCUUCCCAAAUCAACUUGAUAGAAACCCUCAUAUAUUGAUUUGCAUCAAAGUCCUCCUGCUGCCUAGAUGGCUCAGAUAAUUUUUGUUGUGCCUUUGUAGAGUGCCAUGCGAUUUUCUAUUAUGUUUUCUUCAUAAAGCAAAUAUAUUUUUUAAACUUCA